GCGCCGCCGCUCCUCACUGGCGCAGCGCGGGCCCCGCGCCGCGCCCGCCGCCGCCGCGCCCGCACCUCCCGCAGCCUGUGCCCCGAUGCUCUGAGCCCGCGCGGCCCCAGACCCGGCCAGCGCCGCCAUCUCUCCGCGCCCCUUGGCGGCCAUCGGAGCCGCGGCCGCCUCGCAUCCAGGGAGCCGGCGGGAGGAGGAGAAGCCAUCCCGCCGCCAUGGACAGCCCCGGCGGCGUCACCGACAAGAAGAGGAUUAGCUCAGAACGGAGGAAAGAGAAGUCUCGGGACGCAGCGCGGUGCAGGAGGAGCAAGGAGUCGGAGGUGUUCUAUGAGCUGGCUCACCAGCUGCCCCUGCCCCACACUGUCAGUGCCCACCUGGACAAGGCCUCCAUCAUGAGGCUCACCAUCAGCUACCUGCGCAUGAGGAAGCUGCUGGAUGCUGGUGAGCUGGAGACAGAAGCCAAAAUGGAGAAGGAACUGAACUGUUUCUACUUGAAAGCUCUUGAUGGCUUUGUCAUGGUUCUGUCUGAAGAUGGGGACAUGAUUUACAUGUCUGAAAACGUGAACAAGUGUAUGGGACUCACUCAGUUUGAGUUGACGGGGCACAGUGUAUUUGAUUUCACUCAUCCAUGUGACCACGAGGAGCUGAGAGAAAUGCUUACACACAGAAAUGGUCCUGUGAAAAAGGGCAAAGAGCAGAACACGGAGCGCAGCUUUUUUCUCAGAAUGAAGUGCACACUGACUAGCAGGGGAAGAACAGUGAAUAUAAAGUCUGCUACAUGGAAGGUGCUGCACUGCACUGGCCACAUCCGUGUGUACGACACGUGUGGGAACCAGACCCACUGUGGCUACAAAAAGCCUCCCAUGACCUGCCUGGUGUUGAUCUGUGAACCUAUUCCUCACCCAUCAAACAUUGAGGUCCCCCUGGACAGUAAAACGUUCCUCAGUCGUCACAGUCUGGAUAUGAAAUUUUCCUAUUGUGAUGAAAGAAUUACAGAGUUGAUGGGGUAUGAGCCAGAGGAGCUCCUGGGUCGCUCAAUCUAUGAGUACUAUCACGCACUGGAUUCUGAUCAUCUGACCAAAACACACCAUGACAUGUUCACAAAAGGGCAGGUGACAACAGGACAGUACAGAAUGCUGGCCAAACAAGGUGGCUAUGUCUGGGUUGAAACUCAAGCAACUGUUAUAUACAACACUAAGAAUUCUCAGCCACAGUGCAUAGUGUGUGUGAACUAUGUGUUGAGUGGAAUUGUUCAGAAGGACUUAAUUUUUUCCCUGGGACAAACUGAGUGUAUGCUGAAACCAGUGGAGUCUCCUGACAUGAAAAUGACCAAAAUAUUCAGUAAAGAUGACCUGGAUGAUACCAACAGCCUAUUUGAAAAACUUAAACAGGAACCAGAUGCUUUAACUGUGCUAGCCCCAGCUGCUGGAGACACAAUUAUCUCUCUAGAUUUCAGCAGUAAUGAGUCUGAUGAACAACAAUGUGAUGAAGUUCCUUUGUAUAACGAUGUAAUGCUCCCCUCAUCCAGUGAGAAAUUGCAGAAUAUAAAUAUGGCAAUGUCCCCACUACCUGCCUCUGAAACUACAAAGCCACUUCGUAGCAAUGCUGAUCCUGCACUCAAUAGAGAAGUUGUAUCAAAGCUGGAGCCAAACACAGAGCCACUCGAACUUUCUUUUACCAUGCCUCAGGUGCAAGAACAACCAACCAGCCCUUCUGAUGCAAGUACCAGCCAAAGUUCACCUGAGCCCAGUAGUCCCAACGACUACUGCUUUGAUGUGGAUAAUGAUAUGGCCAGUGAAUUCAAACUGGAAUUAGUGGAGAAACUCUUUGCCAUAGAUACAGAAGCAAAAAAUCCAUUCUCUACUCAGGAAACCGAUUUAGAUUUAGAGAUGUUGGCUCCUUACAUCCCCAUGGACGACGACUUCCAGCUGCGCUCCUUCGAUCAGCUGUCCCCGCUGGAGAGCAGCAGCUCCUCCAGCUCACAGAGUGCAGGCAGCAGCAUCCCCCUGUUCCAGCAGCAGCAGCAGGGCCAGGCAGGCGGGGCCAGCCCCGAGGAGGUGAAGCUGAAGCCAGCAGAGCACGGGGAUGAGGUGAAGCCGAUCGUGGUCCCCUCCUCGCCCCCGCGCGGGGGCCCCGAGCCCGGCAGCGCCCCCGCCUCGCCCUACGCGGGGAGCAGGAGUCGAACUGCCUCGCCCAUCAGGGCAGGGAAGGGCACGGUGGAGCAGGGGGAAAAGCCUUCUCCAGGAGCACCCAGCUUGCUAACAGUCACUCUCAAUGAAAGAUCUACUGCACUGGAUGAAGAACUAAAUCCAAAGAUGCUAGCUUUGCAUAAUGCUCAGAGAAAACGAAAAAUGGAACAUGAUGGUUCACUUUUUCAGGCAGUUGGAAUUGGGUCUUUAUUCCAGCAGACAGGUGACCGUGGAGGAAAUGCAUCACUUGCUUGGAAACGUGUAAAGGGAUGCAAAACAAAUGGUCACAGUGGAGUGGAGCAAAAGACAAUCAUUCUACUAUCAACUGACAUAGCAAGUAAACUUCUAGGGCAGUCGAUGGAUGAGAGUGGACUCCCCCAACUCACGAGUUACGACUGCGAAGUAAACGCUCCCAUACAGGGCAACAGAAACCUGCUACAGGGGGAAGAACUGCUCAGAGCUCUGGAUCAAGUUAACUGAGCUUUCACAAAACUUGCUCCUUUUUUGGACACUGGUGAAUCAUCACCUAAAGCAGUCUAUUUAUAUUUUCUAUAUCUGAUUUUAGAAGCCUGGCUACAGUACUGCACUAAUUCAGUUAGUUCAGUUUUGAUCCCCUUUCUACUUAUUUUGACAGUCUUUUUAAUAUGUUCUUUAUGUAACAAUAACUCAAACUCUAGUGCAUUUUUAUAAUUCUUUGGUACAUACACUUUUAAGUCCAUUACAUUUAAAACACACUUGCAAUAGCAGCUUUGAAAUAUGCACCUGAUUAAAAAAAAAAUAUUUAUUUUUUGGCUGGGGAGUUGGUCACCAAAACUUAUCAUUAGUAAAAUGUCAACACAGGAAAAACUGGCAAUACUUCCAUCCUGCUUUUCAUAGGUAGUUGGAAGACUUGUGCUCUCUUACUCUUUAUGUUCAAGUAAGUUUUUUAUGUUAAUAGUUUUUAUAAGAAACAACAAUGCUUUGCAGCGGUGCAUUGUAGCCACAAUCGCACAAUAUAUUUUCUUAAAAAAUACCAGCAGUUCCUCAUGCAAUAUAUUCUGCAUUUAUAAAAACUAGUUUUUAAGAAGAAUCUUUUGUUUGCCUAUGAAAACAUGUUUAAACCUGGAUUAUGUCAUUAUUUUAGUCACGUUGUAAUAUAAAUUGUUCUUAAAUGCUGUCUUAUGCUUUUGACUUCAGUGGGUGUGGUUAGUCAAAGGAAAGGCUUUAUCUGGAAAGGGCUAGCAGCAUUUUCUUUGGAUACGUUCUCAAUUUAGAGAAAGUUUGAUGUUCUUAAAGUAGUCACUUUGCCAGCUUAAAAAAAAAUCCCUGCCUGUAGUUGUUGAAGUUAAUGCUAAUAUUGUGUAUGAUCUUAAAUCUAAAUGUUCAGCUUACCCUGUGUGGUAUAGGUGAUAUUUCAAGCAGAUUGUAAAACAUCUUGCAUUGUUAGCAAACUUUUAUCUAGUACAUCAUUGAGUUGCUCAAUAUUUUGAUGUUUUGGUUUUAUGCACCUUGUUGCUAUUAACAUCCAUAUGUUUUCAUGUAGAUUUCAAUAACUUGAAUAUAUUUAGAAGCCUUUUUAUUUAGAAAUAUAUAGUUGUCACAAACAUCUUAUUUUCCUAUAUGUACUGUACAAAACCUUCAUUCACUCAUUCUUUUUGCUCUUUGUGGUUGGAUCUAACACUAACUGUAUUGUUUUCUUACAUCAAUAAACUAUAUGUGGACCAGG